AUGUCGAGCGGCAGAAGCGACGAAGCUACUAGCGCAAGCCAUGACAAAGAGGUGCCAAAGGCGGAAGAAGUUCACACGCUUCAAAGCAACUGGCAGACACGCAGUACGCCCGCAACACGUGGCAUACCAGCGGCUAGCGGAAUCAAGGAGCUACUUCUACCUGUUUCCGUCCUGGUAUACUACAUUGGCGAAGAGAAAUACGAAUCUGACAUUUUCCCGCGCAAGAUCGAAGAGUUUGACGAGUCCAAAGAAGACAUCAAAGUCUACCUCGAGCGCUUACAGCAUUGUAUGGCAGCAAAUAAAAUCACGAUCCCACCGGCAGACCAAGCGGACGCCAUCGAAUCGCGCGUAAGUGUGAUACUGACAGUCAUAGGCGCCAGCAAGUAUGGGGUACUGAGGAAUCUCCUAACACCAGCCGUACCCAAUACCAAGACGUACACAGAACUGGUGCACACGCUAAAGGCCCAUUUCAAACCACAGUCACUGGUGAUAGCUGAGCGUUUCCGAUUCUAUCACCGGGAUCAUGACACAAUACAAAAGAAAUUGUUGUCUGAGAAAGAUUUGGCGUACAAGAGAGCGUGUGACUUAGCUCAAGCUGUGGAGCUAGCCGCAAGGAACACCGCUGAGUUAGCUAGUCAUGCACAACCUAGAGAGUCAAACGUCUACCUAGUGUCCACAGCGACAAAGAAAGAGUUCAAGAAACCAACAAUGAAUACGGGAGAACAGUGUUAUCGUUGUGGUGGUAAACAUGAUGCGCAGAAAUGCUGGCACAAGAAGAGUAAAUGCCACCGCUGCACUAAGGUGCGCCACCUCAAACACAUCUGCAAGAGCAAGACACAGUUGGAGACCAUGUUGGUAGAUUGUAAUGAAAGAGAAGAGGACCAAGACACAGCAGAGGAUACCGAUGAAUUUGGAAUGUAUUACAUUCAGAAGGCCCAGGACAUUGGUGAAAUUCACACCAUAAACUGGUCCACACCCAAGUACAUGGUGAAGGUGGUUGUCGGGAAAGACCCCAUUCAAAUGGAGUUAGACAUAGGAGCUGUAGUGUCGGUAGCAUCUGAACAACUGUACAAUUGCUAUCUACGACGGUACUCCUUGGAAAAGACGAAUUUGAAACUGAGAGACUACCAUGGAAGGCCACUAGAGCUAAAAGGAGUAGCUCGGUUCCCCGUGCAAUAUGAAAGACAGAAACGAAACCUACCCCUGGGGGAGCGCGGACCAAAGACAGAGGUGGAGAAGAUCAUCGAGCGACACCAGGCAGGGUUCAAAGAUGGAUACAGCGUCAUCAAGGAUUUAAAGGCAACAAUACACUUGAAGCAGGGAGCCAAGCCAGUAUUUCGGAAAAACAGAGCAGCACCCUAUGCUAUGAGGGAAGCUAUUGCCACAGAAUUAGACCGCCUGGAGAAGAACAAGAUCGUCAGUAAGGUGGACCAUUCGGAGUGGGCAACCCCAACAGUGAACAUACCGAAGAAAGACACAACGGUACGCAUCUGUGCUGAUUACAAGGUCACACUCAACCAACUGAUAGACAUGAAUCGUUACCCUCUUCCCACAGCAGAGGAUAUAUUUGCGACAUUAGCUGGAGGUAAGCAGUUCACCACACUAGACCUUUCGCAUGCGUACACACAGUUGGAGGUGGAAGACACCUCAAAAGAAUACCUCACUCUAAACACACAUAAGGGACUCUACAGACUCAACAACCUUAGCUAUGGUGUGAGUUCAGCCCCCGCGAUUUUCCAGAGAACGAUGGACCAGAUUCUGUCUGGCCUCGACGGAGUAGCCUGCUAUUUAGACGACAUUAUUUUGACGGCACCAAGCAAGAGAGAGCAUCUGACGUUGCUGGAAAACGUCCUAGCGAAACUAGAGCGGCAGGGAAUCCGACUGAAACAAUCCAAGUGCGCUUAUAUACAAGAUGAGGUAGAGUAUUUAGGCUACGUGGUAGAUUCCAGAGGCAUACGUCCAACACAGGCAAAGACACGGGCACUCUUGGAGGCGCCCAGACCGGGAGUUGUGACAGAACUGGCGAGCCAUCUAGGCCUGCUUAGAUACUAUUCACGUUUCUUACCAGACAUUUCAACAAUCCUCCAGCCAUUAGACGAACUGAGACACAAGAAGGGCAUGUGGUUAUGGAACGAUAAAUGUGACAAAGCGUUCCAGGAAAGCAAACAGAUGAUCUUAGGGGCACGGGUGUUAUGCCACUACAAUAUGUCAAGCUUGCGUGCGACGCCUCGGCGUAUGGUUUAG